CUUUACUUCAAGUGGCACACUGCUGUCUCCCUCAUCUUCAGAUGGACGGAUGGCUACGAUAGGUCGGUCAUCUCAGAGAUGGGAAAUCAUGUGUUGGGGAAAGCGCUGUGUCGUGUGGGUGUGGCGUCGUGGUGGCUGUCCGAGUGGUGCAGCAGCACCGGGGGCACGCUGAACGCACGGUUCGACGCCAAAUGCGAUAGAGACACGGGGCCGCUCGGGUGCGGGUGCGACUGCUGCUGCUGCACACACGCAACACAGCCAAACCGACACACGCAGAGAGAGAGAGAGAGAGAGAGAGAGGAUGAUUCAGACCUUUCAGACUUCGUGUCUCGUGCCGUGCGUGGCAUGAAUACCACGUUCAUGACAGAUGCGGCCGAUGCGCGCAUCAUCGGACACGACACCGGCAGCUGAGUGGGCGGAGGGGGAGGAGGGGGUGCGACACGGGCCACAGCUCCCACCGAUGCCGCGGAAGGCCCCCCUCCCCCGCUCCCACCUCCCUCCCCUACCUGAAUCACACCCGCCGGCUGCUGCUGCUGCUGCUGCUGUUGGUGCUGCUGUCUGCUCACCACCCUCACCGCCAAUUCGGCCUCCUGCAUUAUCUCCCACGGCGACUUCUCGCUCACAGGCGACAGCAGCACCCGCCCGCCAGGCGAUACCGACGGCGUCCCCGGCGAUGAGGAGCCCGUCUGCUGCCCGUUGGUCGGGAAGAAAUAAACCACUGGUGGCGGGGCGAGACUCAUUGCGCUCGGGACACCCCCCCCAGCGGCCCCAACAGCAGCAACCGAAGCCGCCUUGCUCUGUGGGCCUGCUCCUGGCGCCGCAGAGGGCCCGACCUGAUAUUGCUGGUAUUGGUGAUGAUACCGGACGGCACUCGGCCUGCCCUGGGCCUCGGGGGAGGCCACUGGGCUGGCCUCGAUGGUGGGGUCCUGGCAGAUGGCGCUUGAGUGCCUGCGGUGGAUGUUGGAGGCGUCCCCUUCAUGUUGCUGCUGAUGGGGGAAGUUUGGUGGCCGGGACGGCGCGCCCAUGGGCGUGGGAGUACCUGGAAGCGGCUCCAUCGCUUCUCAAUUCCGAGCUCGCAGUCGACUGG